AUGUACCGUCCAGCUGAGGUAGUGGUGUACGAAGCUGGAAGAGUACAGGGCGUAGGCCCGGUAGGUGAUGGGCUUCAUAUGCUGUGGGCAGUUGGCACUUUUGAUGUCGCAGCCAAGCAGCGUGGACAGUGUCUUGGCAUGGACCUUGUCGUGGUUGUGGUUGGAGGUGGAGGUGGCAGGGGCGGAGCCCCGUGCGUCCCUGAUAGCUUGGAGGUCGGCGUCACCAAGGAUGUCCCAGUCGGGGCAGUUUUCAUGUGGCUGGGAGAGGGCGGAGCCCAGUAA